AUGCUAAUAGCACGACUUCAGUCCCAUAAAGAGGAAUUACAAGAAUAUGAUAAAGCAAUACAAGAUCAACUACAAUCUGGCAUAAUCGAAGAAGUACAAUCACAAAUGAAUCAAGAUGGAAUUAUUCAUUACCUGCCACAUCAUGAUGUUCGUAAUCCAGGUAAAACUACCAUUAAGUUAAGGAUUGUUUAUGAUGCUUCAGCGCACAUAAAGGGAAUGAAAAGUUUAAACGAAGUAUUAUAUCGUGGAUCAAUUAACCUCCCAGAUCUUGUAGGAGUAUUAUUACGCUUUAGAAUGAUGAAAGGGGUAAUCACAGCUGACAUUGAAAAGGCAUUCUUACUACAGUUACACCCUUCAGAGAGAAAUUGUACUCGCUUCCUUUGGCUAAAGGAAGUAGAAGGAAGUGUAUCCAACGAGAAUAUAAAAUGUUACCGUUUUAGAAGAAUCCCAUUUGGAGUAAUAUCAUCCCCCUUUUUACUAUCUGCUACCUUGAAUUAUUUGGAAAACCACGUUAGUGAAUUAGCCGCAGAAAUAAAGAAAAACCUUUAUGUGGACAACGUUAUUGUAUCAUCAAACGGAACGCAGGACGCAUUAGAAAAAUAUGCGGAAAUGAAAUCCAUCUUCAAUGAAGUCUCAAUGAAUCUAAGGAAGUUUUUAUCUAACGACGAAGAAUUUUAUGCAGAACUGCCGCAGCAAGAUCGAGCGAUAAGAAAAAAUAUGAAAAUCCUCGGCAUCUCACGGAAUCCCUAUCAAGUCAUUCAGAUAAAAUUAAAUCUAUGGAAUGACCGAGAACUAACAAAAAGAAUGAUCUUACAGUUUGUUGCAUCACAAUAUGAUCCACUAGGAUUUUUAGUUCCAAUAAUGGUAAGAUUUAAAAUAUUUUUGCAAAAUUUAUGGAAAAAGAAUAAUUCGUGGGAUCAGAUAUUAGAUGAGCAAGACCAUAAGCAAUGGAAAUUUCUUAUUGCUGAAUGGGCAACGGUCGUAAAAGACUUACCGCGAUUUGUAACAACUUCUACAGAUUUAAUUGGAAUACAUGUAUUUACUGAUGCUUCAAGCGUAGCAUAUUCAGCAGCAGUGUAUUUAGUGAGUCAGGAUAUGCAAGAAACAAAGUCAUCGCUCAUUUUUGCAAAAUCUCGCAUUGCUCCUAUUAAAGGUAUGACAAUACCGCGUCUAGAGCUAAUGGCCAUACUAAUCGGAACGCGAGCAGCGCAAUUUGUCAUGACACAGCUGGAUAUCGUCAAUACAAGGAUAAUUUUAUGGUAG